AUGCUUCUUAAAUCAGGUUUUCUUAAGUGCUUUUAUUACAAGAUGAAGCUUCCUCUUGAUUGUGAAAUCAUAUUCAGUCACAACUGUGCGGAUGGAGUCUCAAUCUGUGAUUUUAAUUUGAAGGUUUUCCUUUUAUUUUACUCUCUGUUUCAGAAAACAGGAAAACUUACAAUGGAGAGUGGAAAAUCUUUAACAAAGUUAUUCAUCAAUUCUAAAAUUACUGAGAUUAACGAUUUAAAAGAAAGGAUGCAAAAUUUACAAUUAGAAGACAGACCUGAUAUUCUGGUUCGUACAUUCAAGAUGAAGUUGGAGAAUCUUAUUUUCGACAUAAGAAACAAGAACUUCUUUGGCCCAUCUGCAGCAUUGAUAUAUACAAUUGAAUUCUAA